CAUCAUCAUCGUCUCACUCUCAGCUUCACUUUAAAUCGUCUCACUUCACUCUCACUCCACUCACGGAUACUGAAACGGAUACUACACGGGAUACGGAUUUUUGCACUUUUUUUAGUACAAAAAAUUUAAUUUUAUUCAUCUGAAAAUGGAACCAUUCCUACCUCUCCUCCAAUUUAUUUGUACCGGACUUACAAAUAUUUUCCUAUCCGUGCAAUCUCUCUCAAACCGGGUAGACUCUGACUAUUCGGAUUCACCCGAAGUGAAAAUUCCGAUGGGCGAGGUUAUGUCCGAAAUGACAAGUUUAUUCGAAGCGGUAGAUCUGAUGAAGCCAAUUAUUGAAGAAUUAAAGCGACACGAAGGUCAAUUACUGGACCAAGGCACCGUCAACAAUAUUACAGAUCCCGUCAUGUUGAUCAUUUACGGGGCGGACCCAUUAUUCAAAAAACUUGAAGGUCUUGAAAAUGUGCUACAACCCGGGGACUCUGAAGGAAGACAAGUUAUAAAAAAUAUUUCCGACGUUUUAACUCAAACGAGCGAGACGGUGACCAAAGUUCUAAAAAUGUUGAAUGAAAUGGAUGCGCUGAUUAAUUCGGCGUGAAAUUAGCAUAAGACAAAGGAUAAUAAGUAAAUUAUGUGUGUUACAAAUUAAAUUACGUUAAACUAAUAAAUAUUUUUUUAUAAUGU